GCCAUUUUGCUCGGAAGGGGGGCCUCGGCUUCAACACGUGAGAGAGAGAGGAGCCUGAAGAGACUGAAGCAGUCCAGGAUCUCUUCCUCCGUGAAUAUAUUAUUCAUGUGUGAAUCCACAGUGGCAUAGGAAGCCAGCACAAUGCCCACAAUCACCCUGCCGCCGAAGGAGAAUGCUCUCUUCAAAAGAAUUUUGAGAUGUUACGAACACAAGCAGUACAGAAAUGGCCUGAAGUUCUGCAAGCAGAUCCUGGGAAACCCAAAGUUUGCAGAGCAUGGAGAGACGCUGGCUAUGAAGGGUUUAACUCUUAACUGUCUGGGUAAGAAGGAGGAGGCGUACGAGCUGGUGAGACGAGGUCUACGUAAUGACCUGAAGAGCCAUGUCUGCUGGCACGUUUACGGCCUGCUGCAGCGCUCGGAUAAAAAGUACGAUGAGGCCAUCAAGUGUUACCGCAACGCGUUGAAGUGGGACAAGGACAACCUGCAGAUCCUCAGAGACCUGUCCUUGCUGCAGAUCCAGAUGAGAGACCUGGAGGGAUACAGGGAGACUCGAUACCAGCUGCUGCAGCUCCGUCCGGCCCAGCGGGCGUCCUGGAUCGGAUACGCAGUCGCUUAUCACCUGUUGGAGGACUUUGAGAUGGCUGCUAAGAUCGUUGAAGAGUUCCGCAAAACACAACAGACAUCCCCAGACAAGGUGGACUACGAGUACAGUGAGCUGCUGCUGUACCAGAACCAGGUCCUGAGGGAGGCCGGCCUGUACAAGGAGGCCCUCGACCACCUCAACAACUACGAGAAGCAGAUCUGUGACAAACUGGCUGUGGAGGAGACCAGAGGAGAGCUGCUGCUGAAGCUGGAGAGGCCUGAGGAGGCCUCAGAGGUCUACAGAAGACUCCAGGAGAGGAACUCGGAGAACUGGGCCUACUACCAGGGUCUGGAGAAAGCUUUAAAGCCAGGAAGUAUGGAGGAGCAUUUCAGGAUUUAUGAGGAGGCCUGGGUGAAGUUUCCUAAAGGUCUGGUUCCUCGGAGGCUGCCUCUCAAUUUCCUCACAGGGGAGAAGUUUCGUGAAUGUCUGGACACCUACUUGAGGAUGAACUUCAGUAAAGGCUGCCCGCCCGUCUUCACCACCCUCAAAUCCCUCUACUGUGACAGAGAAAAGGUUAUGAUCAUCGAAGAAUUAGUGGUCAGCUAUGAAAGCUGUUUAAAAAGCUGUCGAAUGUUUAGUGAAAACGAUGAUGGGAAAGAGGAGCCCCCCACCACCUUGUUGUGGGUGCAGUAUUUCCUGGCGCAGCACUUUGACUUCAUCGGCCAGCCCAACCUGGCUCUGGAGCACAUCAACACCGCCAUCGACAGCACGCCCACGCUCAUCGAGCUUUUCCUCAUCAAGGCCAAGAUUUACAAGCACGCCGGCAACAUCAAGGAGGCGGCUCGAUGGAUGGACGAGGCUCAGGCGCUCGACACCGCCGACCGCUUCAUCAACUCCAAGUGUGCCAAGUACAUGCUGAAGGCCGGACUGGUGAAUGAGGCGGAGGAGAUGUGCUCCAAGUUUACACGGGAGGGAACAUCUGCAGUGGAGAACCUGAAUGAGAUGCAGUGCAUGUGGUUCCAGACGGAGUGUGCCUUGGCCUACAAGGCCAUGAACAAGUUUGGUGAAGCCCUGAAGAAGUGCCAUGAGAUCGAGAGGCAUUUUGUGGAGAUCACAGACGACCAGUUCGACUUCCACACCUACUGCAUGAGGAAGAUGACGCUGCGCUCCUACGUGGACCUGCUGAAGCUGGAGGACGUCCUGCGGCAGCAUCCGUUCUACUACAAAGCUGCUCGGACCGCCAUCCAGAUCUACCUGGGCCUCCACGACAAGCCUCUGACCGACGACAACAAGGAGAGCCAGUCAGACACCGAGAAUCUGACAGACAAGGAGUUGAAGAAGCUGCGCAACAAACAACGAAGAGCCCAGAAGAAGGCCCAGCUAGAAGAGGAGAAGAAGAACGCAGAGAAAGAGAAGCAGCUGAAGAACCAGAAGAAGAAGAAGGAGGAUGAUGACGAGGAAAUAGGAGGACCGAAAGAGGAGCUAAUACCAGACAAACUGGCCAAGCCAGAGAAUCCUUUAGAAGAGGCGGUCAAGUUCCUGAUCCCCCUGAAGAACCUGGUACGAAACAAGAUCGAGACUCACCUACUGGCCUUCGAGAUCUACUUCAGGAAAGAGAAGUACCUGCUGAUGCUGCAGUCAGUAAAGAGAGCCGUGGCCAUGGAGCCCUCCAACCCUUGGCUGCAUCAAUGUUUAGUUCGCUUCUUCAAAGGAGUGAGUGAGAGCGCGGACCUGGUGGAGGCGGUGAGGACGGUGCUGAAGCAGGAGAUCUCCAGGCUGUUUGGAGAGAGCAACCCUCAGAGCUUCAAUAAGAACUACCUGAGCCAACACGCCAGCUCCAUCCCACACCGACUGGCUGCUGCUAAGAUGAUGGUUUACUUGGAGCCUCCCUCUGAUAAGAUGGCCUGUGAGAUCGCCACGGCUCUGGAUGAGUCCUUGUCUGGAAGAAGCAUCCAGAUCUGCACUGAGGUCCUGGAGGCUUUACGUGACGGCCAUCUUGGUGAAGGCCAGCAGAAGGCAGCUGAGGCUUACCGGGCUGCCUGCCAUAAGAUAUACCCCUACUGCCUGGCCUUCAUGCCCCCCGGUUACCAGGACAACAGCAGCACCAUCAGCGCCAACGGUGACCUGUCGUCAGGGGAACACGAUGACCUGGCGAAUGAAAUGUGAGCUCGACACGAGGAGAGGGAAAGGGGGAGGAGCUGCCAGCACGCUGCCAGACGCCUUAGUCCGCCAACAGAGCCGUUCCCCCGGCAACCGACCACCCCGCUCUGCCCUCUCCAUGUAGUGGGCCAUGGCUGCUGUGAGUCGCCCCCCCACAUUGCACUGAUCAGGACAGACUGAGACCCACAGGAGCGACGGGAAAGGGAAGUGGCACGCGGGAGAAGAUGAUGCCCAUUAACUUUUUUAAACCAUAGAAACAGGCUGUGUCCACACAAAAUAAAGGUCCAGAACGGGGAGGAGGAGCAGACGUCGGCUGGCCAGAUGGUUCUGUGAACACAGUCCAGGUUUUCUACAACUCCUGUGUUUUCACGCCGUGUCCUCCUUGUAGGUGCAUCCGCUUCUCACGUUUUUAAAAGUAAUUUAUAUAUUACAAACUGACAAAUGGAUUAAUAAAACAAUGUUUGCAAAACGG